GUCAGUCACCGCGCUUCCUGUUUCGCGGUGCGGUUUGUUAUUGAAGCGAAGCUGCUUUAAAUGCGAAGGGAAAUGUUGACGGUGAGUUGGAGAAGUUGGAAUUUAUUUUCGACAGACGCCCACCUACACGUAGCUGUUGUUGUUUAGAGCAUGUUUUCGUGCGGUUUGAUGUGUUUUUUCUCUCUAACGGCUUUAAUUCCGUUAGUAUAUGAAUGAAGAAAGUUCCUCAACGGUCGUUACCUGUCGUUACCUUAACAGGAGGUGGACGGACACACUCUUCAUGGCUCUUCGUGUUUCGUCUUUGAGAUGAAUUCUAGCGCCGAAUUUGACAGAAAAUGAAGACUUUUGUCCCUCUCUGAAGAAGAAGAAACUUUAAUUAAGAACGUUCGAGAUGUCGGGGGGGCACGAACAGAACCGGAAGCGGCGCCCUCCCAAAAUGUUUUUGAUCUCGACCGACCUGAAGGUCCAGGACCAGCUGGAAGGUACCAUUCGGCUGCAGCGGGGGUUCAUCUGCCAGGAGCAAGACAAGAGCAGGGGCGACUCUCUCUGGGUCAAGGUAUUUUCUACUCAUAAAUAACUCAUUUUUAAACAAUAUCAAGGUUAUUGAGCGCUUGAAUUAUCAAAUUUUUAAUUUAUAUUUUGUUUCGAAUUUAUUAUCUUAGUUUUUGUCACUUUUUGAGUUGGUUUAGGAGAUCCAAAAUAAACUUAUGUAGUUGAGCGAGUGUGCUUAUUUUUGUGUGACCAAGAUAUCUAUUUUGGUUGUUUGUAUUUUCUAGUUUUAAUUUAGGUUGUGAGAUGUAUUGUAAUCAGUCCUUUCUUCUAUUAUUUGCACACUUAACCUCAGACUGAGCCACACUCUUUAAGUUGUUUUAACUCUAUUUGACCUCUUCUAAAUCACUGUAAUCUUUUGUUGUUCGUAGGGCUGGGCGAUAUGGGAAAAAGUUUAUCACGUUCAGGGUCUCCCCUACUUGCAAUUGAUCGUGGCGCACCGCCACGGAUAAAUAAAAGCCGCCACACCUGAAAAAAAAUUGUUUUUAUCUCACGUAGUUCUACCUCGGACUCAUAUGUAUCAGCAGUGUUUCCCCUACACAUGUGCGUCGCUUUUGAAAUUUCACAUGGUCAUUAUUAUCACUGCGCCACUAAUGAUUUCUACUCGCACUGUGUGAGCACAACAACACACAACGUUAUUUCCGACUUGUAGUGAGUCAUCAAGGAGCGCAUCAAAAGUGGACCCUCUUCCACUGAUGUGAAGGGUGAUGUUUCAGCUCAUACACGGUCUGUAUAGCGAGUAGCGCAGGUAACGUAACUUGAAUGUAACAGCGUAGCUCCUGGAGCGGCAAGAGAGUGCGGGUAACAAGGGCCCGCACCCCCCCAACACACACACACACAAACACACACUGCCACAGCUGAAAAAAAUUCUAGGGGAAACACUGACAUUAUUUUUUAUUCGUAUCAGUCGAUAUCAACAUACAUCAUGAUAUAAAAAAAUUAAAUCUAACAGUGCUUAUAAGCAGCAUGUCUUUUGCAAUACAAUAAGCUACUGCAUCUGUAGGGCCCUAUAAAAUCUGUUUUAUUUUUUCCCAAAUUAUUAUUUUUUAAUUUAUUUUUAUUAUUUUAUAAAAUAUAAUAUUAAUACUAAUAUACUAUGAUAACAUAAUAAGUAUUGUUAUUGUACUUUCAGUUGUGUUAAACUUACCCCUCAUGUUGUUGUUUUACCCCUCAGGUGUUGGACAACGGCGUGGUGUUAAAAAUAGAGAGAAAGUUUCUGCAUGAAGUCCCAGCUGACCUCAGCGGUCUGCUCGAGCCAGUAGCUGAUCCUGAAGUCCGGCUCAAACUUCUCAGUAAUACAUUUUAAUUGUUACUGAGUAGACGCAUAAAUAGUACAAACCAGAUUUUUGUGUAAAGCCUAACCUCUUUGUAUCAAAACCAUGACAUGACCUUUUUGAUUUCAAAACUGAAAGUUAACUUUAGCUCAUUGAGUUCCUCUCCAUGUAGUUAAGUUUCCUUUUAACAUUGUUUUGUAUUUUUUCAGACACUCCAGGGAAGUUGGAGCAGUUAGUGUCUCUGCCUCUCGAAUCGCCGCUUUGGGUCCAAAUAGGCGCACAGGACGAGUUGGCAGAGGCAGAGCUGAAAUACAAAGGGCCGCUGACUCGAGGGAGUAGUGCUGUGCUGUUCGGAGUGCAGCUCAAGGUAAAGUUGAUUCCAAAAUUAGGUUACACAUGAAUCAAAUUUCAAUUUCUUUGCCACCCUGCCCAUCAUAAAAAUAUGCUAACCAAGACUUGACGCCCUAUUUGUUUAAAGGAUAUUCCAAGGUAAAAUUAAUUUAGGGUCGAACACACCGUAACACCAAGUUAGACACCCCGUCAAGAGGUGAAUGUUGCUGACCGCUUGCUUCUGUAGUUAUACCAACUUUAGUAACGACCGCACGAUAGCAAUACAUAGAGCCACGCGCUCAACCAAAACACCACUCUAUAGCCACAAAUAAUGAUCAGAACAGCACUUAACUUCAUCAACAGUACAUAGAGGGUCCCAGCCACCAAACAUCUUUUUAGCUUUGCCUAAGAGACUGAACACAACUCACCUACUCUCUUCCAGCAGCCACUUGUUUGUAGCGAGACCAGCAGGGUUUCGCAGCUCAAGGAAGAACAUUUAUGAUCAUUUCUUUAUCAUUUCCUUGAAGUAAUAAUCACCAUAUUAAUCAUUUUGCACUGCAGACGCGGUAGUUCUUCUGCCUUAGUGUCUUGGUCUUAGUGUCUAACUCGGUGUUACGGUGUGUUUGACCAUAAAUUCAUUUUACGCCGGAAUAUCCCUUUAAAUAAGGCAGCCUCCCUUCAAACAGCUCUCGCUCUUACUUUGCAGUAAACAGCUACGUUUUUGACAUGUAUUUCAGGGUUCAGCAGCUGGUAAAGGAGACAGUAACGGGACCUUCAGAGGUCACCGGCUCUUCAGCUGCCCCGAUGCCUGCGGCCUCCUCCUUCCAGUCAGCCACAUCAGGCAGCGCCACUGGUCUCGCAGCAACGGCUCAGACGCACAUGAAAGACCCCGAGAACGGGACCACCACCAACACCGCAGCAGCAACGUCCAUUCCAGCAACGGGCAUCAUAGCAGCAACCACCCAAAUCAUCAUCACCAACAACAGCCGCAGCAGCACAGCCGUCACAUCAGUUUCCGUCAACAGCGUCCCAGCAGUCCUUCUCAGACACACGCUUUUGGCAUCCUGCCUCGAACGGCAGAGUCUGCGCCCAUCACAGCUCAGAACCAGGUCCAGGUUCGAGUUCCUGCAUCACCUCCUCCUUUCCAUGCUGGUCAGCGGGUGUGUGUCCCACUAGACGACAAUGUGUACAGCGGGGAGGUUCGCUUCUGCGGUCUCCUGCCUGGUCGUUCCUCUUCAGGGAUGUACGUCGGAGUCCUGCUGGUCAGUAUGACUACAAAAAUAAGGAUUUCAAAUAUACUGUAAAAGUUUAAACUGUAAUUUGAAUUAUUUGUUUGAUUAAUGGGCGGCACAGUGGUGAGGUGGUUAGCGCUGUCGCCUCACAGCAAGAAGGUCCUGGGUUCGAAUCUGGCUCGGGUGUUUCUGUGUGGAGUUUGCAUGUUCUCUCUGUGUCUGCGUGGGUUUACUCCGGGUACUCCGGUUUCCUCCCACAUCCAAAAAACAUGCCUCAGUGGGGUUAGGUUAACUGGCCACCUUCAAAUUGCCCGUAGGUGUGAAUGUGAGCGUGGAUGGUUGUUCUCUAUAUGUCAACCCUGCGAUGAACUGGCGACUUGUCCAGGGUGUCCCUUGCCUUCGCCCGAAGAUGCUGGGAUAGGCUCCAGCCCCCCCGCGACCCCGGGAAUGGGAAUAAGCGGUAGAAAAUAGAAGGAUGGAUGUUUGAUUAAUUCUCACACAUUUAUCCUGAACCAAGUGUGUCUUAUCUUUACCGGCGCAGCUCUGUUUGCAACAUUGUGUUUGUCUUUGUGUUCCAGGACGAUCCCGUCGGGAACUGGGACGGGUUUUAUAGAGCAGAGAAGCUCUGCCACAUUCCUUCCCCUAACCGUGGACUACUACUGCCAACCACUAAGGUGUCCUCAGGUAAACCACAACACCCUACACACUCAGAGUGUGUGCUCCAUGUAAACUGACACUGCCAACCUGAAAGAUUAAGCUAUCAGGGAUACUUUGACUUAUUCUUCGGGCUACUCUCUAAUCUUUGCCAAGUUGAAUCAAACAUUGUCUCAGUAAUUCUCCUGGGAUUAGGAUUACAUAUAGUUUUCAUUAUUGUGACUCUAUCAGUAGUAUAGAUAUUACAGCUAAGAACUCAGCAUGGUGCAGCUUCUGUUUUUAAGUAAUCGUGUAAACAGUGAACCAUGAAAGUCAUGUCAUGAACUUAAAAAAACAGAAGUGACAGAAGCUGUGGUUUCAGAGAAAAUUCAGAGCAGAAGAGCCUUUGAGCUGGAUUCUCUCUUAUGGCCACCAGGGGGCAACUUCACUGUUAUAGCAGUGUUAAAACAGAUGGGAAUGUCUUAAAAAAAGAAAAGGAAAACAGUGUAUGUCCCAAAAAAUGGUGGCUAAUGUAUCCCAAGUGUCCCUUGAAGGUAGAAAAACAGGUAUUUGUGUGGUGUUUGAAAACAGAAAUGACUUUCUUGAUAUGUAGUUUUACUGCUACUUUACUUUUAUGCAUCAAAACGAACAAAAAAAUUUAAUUUUUGUCUCUAUUUCUGUUCUUUUAGAGCCCAAAUCUCACCGACACAACCUCCCCCAACUCCCCAAAUCCAUCCUGAAGCUAGCACCAGCCUCCUUCUCCAAACCUGGCCCUUCAUCGCCGCCUGUCUCCGCUCCCAAAGUCGCCCUGUUGCCACCCCCCAAACAAACAGUUAAACCUCCACCACUGCCUCCGCCUAAACCCUUGAGCAAACAGCUGUCCUCUCCCCCGCUCCCUCCUCCCAAACCCCUCAGCCCAACAACGUCACCAUUAGAAACCGACCAACUGCAGCACACCAACGGCGAUCACAACCCUCCUUCGCCCUUGAGGUCGCCAGACAGCGUCGAUGGAGCGGGGAAUGAUGGCGAGGCGGGUCAGGUGGACGAGCUCGAAGUGGGGUCGAUGGUUGAAGUUAACGACCCGCCCCUUUUCGGGGUUAUCCGCUGGAUUGGACGGAUCAACGGGGUUAACGAAGCGGUGGCUGGGAUUGAGCUGGUAGGAGAAAAGCUUCGUUUUGGUUUUAACAAUUAAACCGUGACUCUGAUUUAAGACGAAUCCUCUGUGUGUGUCUCAGGAUCAGGAGCUCUCUGCAGGAACAGACGGCAGUUACCUCGGCGAACGCCACUUCCGAUGCCCGGCCAACAAGGGGCUCUUUGUGAAGCUCCGCAACUGUAGGCGGGACUCCAGGUUUCCAGCCCCUGAGACGCCUGUCAAUCAAGUGGAACGAUGCAACUCCAUAGGUAAGAAGGCAAAGUCUAAUGCAAUGUCGGAUGUCUGAGCUAGGAAUUACGUCAUACUCGAGUUACCAGCGCCAAGUCGGAAGAAAGCAAAAUCGGAGGCCUGAAACAAGAUGGCUACAUCUACGAAAGGGGAUGCUAAAAUAACUUAAAAUAACAAAAAUAACAAACGCUAAAAUAACUUUCGUAGAUGUGGCCAUCUUGUUUCCGCCUCCGAUUUUGCUUUUUUGCGACUUGGCGCUGGUAACUCGGGUGUGACGUCAUUCCAAGCUCGGACAUCUGACUUCCGAGGUAGUGGUCCAAUUUUAAACAAGGACGAUAAUCUGACAUUAGCUUUGUGGCGCUCACAGCGUUCGCAGAGUGGGGCAGCGAGCGGGUGGAAGAGCACACUCCUCCUGUGGACGGAGAAGAAGCCCGAGAGCUUUACGAGGGCUGGAAGAGAGGCAUCCAGGGUCACCUCAACUCCUGCUACCUGGACGCUACUCUGUUCAGGUGAAAUCUGAACCUGUUAAAUACAGAAAGAACCAACAAUACAGAUGUCACUGUAAUUUCAACAAAUCUUUUAGAGUUUUUUUUAGACUGAAACUCAUAUUGAUCGUGUCCGUCGUCUCCACAGUCUGUUCUCCUGCUGCAGCUCGGCAGACUGGGUCCUGCUUUGGCCCUCUGAUGCCGAAACAGACUCCAACUCCAUUCAGGCCCAGGACCUGCUCAGGUGUGAGGUCGUCAAUCCUCUCAGAAGGUACUAAGAUACACCUUUAGAAAACUGCCAGAUGCAGCACACGUAACAAGGGUCCAGGCCUGAACAUAUUUAUGUGGCAGUGUUUCCUUUCAAAUCCUUAUUCUUGACUUUAAAGGGAUAUAAGGGCGUAAAAUUAAUUUAGGGUUAAACACACCGUAACACCCAGUUAGACACCCCCUCAAGAGAUGAAUGUUGCAGACCACUUGCUUCUCUAGUUAAACCAACUUGAGUAAUGAUCACACGAUAGCAAUACACAGUGGUCUGAGGAGCCAUUAACAAACCUCAACCAAAACGCCACUCUAUAGCCACAAAUAAUGCUCAGAACAGCACCUAACUUCAUCAACAGGACAUAUAGGGUCCCAGCCACCAAACAUCUUUUUAACUUUGACUAAUUUCUUUAUCAAAGAGACUAAACACAACUCACCUACUCUCUUCCAGCAGCCGCUUGUAUGUAGCGAGACCUCAGGCCAGUCCAUUACAUACUGCUGCGAAGUUUCGCAGCUCAAGGAAGAACAUUUAUGAUAAUUUCUUUAUCAUUUCCUUGAAGUAGUAAUCAUCAUAUUAAUCGUUUUGCACUGUGGACGCGGUAGUUCUUCUGCCUUAGCGUCUCGGUCUGAUUGUAUUUCCAAGAGUAAAUGAUCAUAAAUGUUCUUCCUUGAGCUGCGUAACCCCGCUGUAGUCCGCAAUGGACUGCCCUGAGGUCUUGCUACAAACAAGCGGCUGCUGGAAGAGAGUAGGUGAGUUGUGUUAAACUCUUUGCCAAAGAAAUUAGUCAAAGCUAAAAAGAUGUUUGUUGGCUAGUACUAUGGCUAGGACCCUAUCUGUCCUGUUGAUGAAGUUAGGUGCUGUUCUGAGCAUUAUUUGUGGCUAUAGAGUGGCGUUUAGGUUGAGGUUUGUGCGUGGCUCUCUGUAUUGCUAUUUACGGUCGUUACUAAAGCUGGUAUAACUAGAGAAGCAAGCGGUCGGCAACAUUCAUCUAUCAAGGGGAUGUCUAACUCGGUGUUACGGUGUGUUUGACCUUAAUUUAAUUUUACGCCGGAAUAUCCCUUUUAAAAAUGCACCAUAUAAGAUGUAAUUUAAUAAUAUGCUUUGAUGCAGAUUAUGCUACACAAUAGGCUAGAAGUUGAUAAAUAAUCUCAGUGUUUUCACAGGCUGAUAAUAGUCUUAAAGAUUCUGAGUGCUUUACUGACAACAACAAUAGGGAAACCGGUCAGAACCGCGAAACGCUCCAUGUGAUGAAGCUCUACUCAAGUGUCUGCACACCUGUGUGUUUCAAAGGUACGGCUACGUGUGCGCCAGUAAGACCAUGGCCUUGAGACGUCUGCUGGAGGCUGAGAACAGCGACAAAGGCUUCACCAACCAAGAGAAGGGUGAGUGUGUGACAGCCUGCAGGUGUUUAGCAUUUGUGAGUGAGAUCAGACUGAGGAAUGUUGUCGCGCUGCUGUUUCUCAGAUCCCGAAGAGUUUCUCAACAAGCUUUUCCAGCUCCUCCGAGUCGAGCCGCUCCUCAAGAUCAGGUAACCGCAUGUAACCACACUGCUUUUACAACUCCGUAAUUGAAAUCUGAUGUGAAGUGAAUAAAAAUAACUUCAUUUUAAAAGCUUCUUUUGGGACAAAUUUACCAAAAAUUCAUGCACAAAAAUCAGAAUAAACUGAGAAAACGCCUCCAUGCGUGGAAUUUAAAUUAGCAUUGUGACUGCGCGCGGUUUUCUUUAGAAGUUGACUGUAUGUAAGUGAGGUAAAUUAAAGAGGACCCAGAAAAGAUCCCUGAGGUACACCAAAGACGAGGGAAAUAAUAGAGAAGGAUUCAUUUCAGCCACUACAGACUGAUUUUACGAUUUUCCUCAAACCUGUAAAACAUUUAAAAAAAAUUUCCGCCUGGUGAGAAGGGGUCACAAAUGUACACUGAGCUGUUUUUAGAGGUUUUGACGCCAGCAGAUGAAAACGCUUAAAGACAUCUUAUGAUUCUCAUUUCUUAGAUCGAUGACUCAUCAACCGCAGGAGUGCCACCUCUACCAGCUCUUCCCACCUACACUUCCCUCCUCACCCACCUCACCUUCAACCCCCUCCCCCAUCCAAUCCCCCCUUCCCCUUUCCUCGCCACCGUCCAGCCGCAUGAGGGUGGCCAGCGUCCAGGCUCUGCUGGAGUCCUCCUUCCUCCACGCCGGCCUCAAGUUUGUCGAGGUAACAAAAGAUGGUCCUUAAAAUUCUGAGUCAAGACGCUUUCGUUGAGAUUACUUCAACCGUACCGUGUGUUUAUCAUGUCAACAGGCGCCGUCCUGCCUCCUUCUGCUCAUGCCCAGGUUUGGAAAGGACUUCAAAAUGUUUGACGCCAUCUUGCCCACCCAGAGCCUGGACAUCACAGACCUGCUGGACGACAGUAAGAGCAAUUUCACAGGAGAAAAAAAUCAUUUUUUUGGUUACGUUUGAGUUACUUUUGUGGCCUUAACUCAGAGCUGAACUUCAGUUUUCGUUGAGUGUAUUUUUUGUCUCUUUUUGUGUUGUUAGCUCUGAGACAGUGCAGCAUCUGUCAGGCUGUGGCUGAGUGGGAGUGUCCUCAGUGUUUCGAGGACUUGGACAUCACUCCUGGUCAUCUCAAACAGUACUGCAACACCUGCAACACGCAGGUACACACACACACCUCUGCCUUUUCUUUCUAAAUCAGUAAAACGUUCAACACUUAGAGCUCCACUGGAUCGCCGGCAAUCCCAUGUGACACCUUUGACAUUGUUUACAGUUUUUCAGGAAGUAUACCGUGUAUCUCUAUGGGAUAAACAGUCUUCAAAAGCUUACCCUUUCGGCAAUCUAUCAAGGGUUUCCAGAUAUUUCUACACCUGCUACAAGGUUUACAAUCCAAGGUGUUUGAUCAAAGACGUUUGAUGGUAAAUCCGCAGUGAUAUACCGGUGAAAACAUGAUUAUUUAUCAUAUUGUUGUGAUAAAAAAGAUCGCUAACACUAAAUGCCGCAAAUGUCUUCUGGGUUUGACAAGCUUUUUUGAUGACGUCUUCUUCUGUCAAACUUUGGACCAGUUAGAUGGUCUCAUAUUCUUCUGUGUCCAAUAAGAGGCAACCAAAGAUCAACAAGAGACAGAAAAGUUUCCUGCUUGUCUGCAAAAUAAGCUUACUCGCUUGUUUGUAGCAAGACCUCAGACGAGUCCACUAGAGACUACAGCGGGGUGACGCACCUCAAGGAAGAACAUUUAUGAUCAUUACUUUAUCAUUUCCUUGAAGUAAUAAUCACCAUAUUAAUCAUUUUGCACUGCAGACGCGGUAGUUCUUCUGGCUUAGCGUCUCGGUCUGAUUGAAUUUUGAUGAAGUAAUAUAAAUGUUCUUCCUUGAGCUGCGUCACCCCGCUGUAGUCCGUAAUGGACUGGCCUGAGGUUUCGCUACAAACAAGCAGCUGCUGGAAGAGAGCAGGUGAGUUGUGUUUAGUCUCUGUGCUAAAGAAAUUAGGCAAAGUUAAAAAGAUGUUUGGUGGCUAGUACUAUGGCUGGGACCCAAUAUGUACUAACCUCAGUAAAUCAUAGUGUAGUUCCGUUCAGUAACAGAACCUCAUUGGAAAAUUAGCUGAUUUAAGUUUACUGUGCUCUUGUUCAUAUAUAUUAACUCGACAGCACACAUAUCUAUACCUGUUAACAAAAUCAUAACUUUAUUGAAGAUUCGGCUUAAUAAAAACACCCUUAACUUUUUAUUUUACUACAGUAGAGGUUUAUUGGCCCAGCUUAUAGACCCCAGAAGUGGAGAAACGCCCCCGCUUCAGUUUUCUUAGGAGUUAGAACAACUUUGAAUAUAGUGCUAUGGCUAGGACCCUAUAUGUCCUGUUGCUGAAGUUAGGUGCUGUUCUGAGCAUUAUUUGAGGCUAUAGAGUGGCAUUUUGGUUGAAGUUUGUUUAUGGCUCCCCAGACCGCUCUGUCUGACUCUUUGAGGGCCGUCUCUGUCAUCACCAGGUCCACAGUCACAGGAACCGGGUGUCCCACAGCCCUGUAAAGGUUUCUGUCCCUGAAGGAUCUUGGACCGGCUCUCUGCAAUGCACCCGACAGCUGAUGUCUCUGUUCGCGGUGACGUGCAUCGAGACGAGCCACUACGUCAGCUUCGUCAAACACGGCCCCCUCCCCACGGACUGGCUCUUCUUCGACAGCAUGGCCGACAGAGAGGGUGAGGCGUCCGCUUAUUAAAGCUCUAAGUGAUGGAUUCAUUUGGAGUGCUCACCUGUCUGUGUGUGUGUGUGUAUGUGUGUGUGUGUGAUCCCGUGCAGGUGGAGAGAACGGCUUCAACAUCCCUCAGGUGAAGGCGUGUCCGGAGGUGGGACGCUUCCUCGGCCUAUCAGAGGAGGAGCUGAGCAGAGUGGACGCCACUUUGUUACGAGAGUCCGUCCGCAGACUCCUCUGUGACUCCUACAUGUGUCUGUAUCACAGCCCUGAGCUCAGCCUGUACAAGUGACCAAGACACACACACACACACACGCAAACAGACCUGAGAGUAGGACAAUAAGCCGCCCUCGUAGUGUUAUCUGUCAGGAGAAAACAAGCAGGUCCAAAAUUUGACCUCUAAAGGGACUUUAUUUUCUUUUUUUUUUAAGUUGUAUGUGAAGUUUUUUCUUUUUUUCAGCCAAUCAAAACAGAGAUUCUAGAUUAUGUUUACAAAGAGCAGGAAGAAGAAUCUGGUUUUUUGUUUUUCCUUGUUUUGUGCCUCUUCAUCACACCACUCAAACCCCGGUGAUGCACCAAAAAACUAAUAAAUUCUCUUGGUUUUCUUUCUCUCAUUUAAAAUCUGAACAAAGAUGGAGGCGAAAAAGAACAAAAUCAGUUAUAUUUGCUUGUAUUUAUCUGACGCCACGUAAUUUUUCUUAUUUAAGCGUGAAAAUGUGUAAAUAUUCUUUUGGAUGCUGUGUGAAAAUCCAAGAAAAUGUGCCAUUUAUGUCUUCCUGGGUCGAAAACAAAGUUAUUUGUAAAAACCUUCAUGUAAAGGUGGAACAAUUUCUUACUCAGAUGACUCAAAGAGUCUUUGAGAAAGCUGGUAAAACCAUCAGAACAAAGGAUCUGUAUCAAAGGCAUUUUAAUACUUCUGCCACUAUAAUGACAAAUAAUCAGCUCUAAUGAAAGGCUCUCAUCAGGCUUUAUCCGCUCAUAUUCAUCCAGUGCAAUGUAACUGUCACAGACUUAUUCAUAUCCGCAUACUAGUCUGGUUUUAAAUACAAAAAUAUAGAAGCACAACAACUGCGAGUGAACGACAAAAACUCAAACUAAACUACUGCUUUUUUUUUUCAUUUACAGCACAGUUAUUUGACAAAUCUCAAACUUUAAGUCAUUUUAAGCUGAAAGUAAUGCUGCGUUCGAGUUACCUCGGAAGUCCGAGUUACCAAGUCGGAAGAAAGCAAAAUCGGAGCACUUGCUUUGGCGAGCGCUAAAAUAACUUUUAUAGAUAGAGCCAUCUUGUUUCAGGCCUCCGAUUUUGCUUUUGUCUGACUUGGUAACUGAAACGCCAGGAACUCAGGUGUGACGUCAUUUUCAGCUCCGACAUCUGACGUCCGAAGUAACUAGAACGCAGCAUAAGACAUGUUGUUUGUGUCAAUUUUGGCGCCCCCUGUGGACAAAGCUAUCAUUGCUUAUCUUUUUUUCUACGUGCUUGGUAGCAUCUUCUACCAAUAUGAGAUUCGAUCUUCUCCAUUAUUUCCCUCCUUUCUGGUGUUCCUCAGGGAUCUUUUCUAGGUCCUCUUCAGUUUAUCGUAUGAACUCUUUUUUUUAUUGAAGGUUCUCGAAAUGACGGCGUGAUCAUCAGCAUCAGAUUGAAAGUGGUGCUAAUUUUGAGAAAAGGAAGAAUUAGUUGGAGUGGAUUGUAAUUCGUAAAAAGUCAAACCAGGUUUUGAUGUUUGUCCCCAAAGGAUGUUUUAAGUUCUCAGAAGAGACGUCGAACAAUCAUAUACAAGAAAGCCUUCCCUGAGCUCAGGUGUUCCUGCAGUCUGACUUAGAGUCAGUCUGAACUGGUGCUGCAAAGAGCUACAUGAUAUCUUAGAAGUGACAAUAAGCUAAAAUCUAAAGAGGGCGACAGGACCAUCAGUGUCUUAAAAUCCUUAUUGCUCUUUAUAAUAACAAACUUUGAUGGAUGACCGUGUUGAAGCGUCCAUGUGCCUUUAAAAUUCUCUCACACUGCACAGAAACAGGGAGUCUAUGAUGCUGAACACACUUUACAGUCAGAUUUGCACUCUUAUGUUUUCAUGCCAGUGUGUUUGUACUGCCUGUAAACUCUCUGCCUUAUACUGACUGUAAAGACCGCACACACAGAUUUGAAUAUUUGUCAUGCUGGGACAUUGGUCAGCUGUAAUAAAUGCUUUAAUUACA